CGUGAAGAAAAGUAAACAGUAGAACCCAAAACAGCUGUUCCUCUGGCAUUGCAGUACUUUCGGAAACCGUGCAACGGUCAGUAGGUGGCAGUAGAGGAAUCAGAGCUGCUGAACAACAAAUGAACCGGAAGUGAUCGUGACGAGCAGCCUGACGCACCAUGUCCUCCCCUGAGAUCGCCUCCCUGUCCUGGGGCCACAUGAAGGUCCAGGGAUGCUCCUCCAGCUACAAGGACUGUAAGGUUUGGCCUGGAGGCAGUCGGGCCUGGGACUGGAGAGAGACUGGGACUGAUCAUCACCCAGGAGUCCAACCCGCCGACCUGGAGGAGGUGCUGAAGAAGGGGGUGGAGCUGCUGGUGAUUGGCAGAGGCAUGAGUGAGGCUCUGCAGGUUCCCUCCACCACUGUGGACUAUGUGAAGCAGAAGGGUGUGGAAAUCCGAGUCUUGCAGACUGAGAAAGCUGUUGCUGAGUACAACAAACUGGUUGGUGAAGGUGCCAAGGUGGGUGGAGUCUUCCACUCCACCUGCUGAUGCUGCAAACAUCUGCUUGGCUGCAGACUGAGCUCCGCUUUCCUCAGCAUCAUGUUGACCUGAGCCGGUUCAGCGGAGGCUCCAGAGGAAACAGAUCUGUGAACUCGACUCUGCAUGUAUUUCCACAGGGUGAUCCUAUUGGUCAUAUUUUUACAACUGCUGUGUAAUCUGAAAUACAAUAAAUUAAACCGACGGCAAGUAAAAAAGAA